AUGAGCACUCGCAAAAACAGCAAGGCUGCAAUUGAUGACGAAGAGGAGGAUCUCAUCAACAACAUCCUCCCUUCGUACCAAAUGUUCCAACUGACAAUCUCCAAGCCGCUUGAUUCUUCGGAGGAGGACUAUUCGCGCGAACCGCCCAUCUACGAAAGGACCCCCAUUUCCAGUGCCACAUCACUCAGUGCAAUCCACAGCCCAUUUUCCCACACAUCAGCAGAAUCAUUGACCGAGUUCCCAUUUCCCGUGCCGUCUCAGACCGAAAAUGAGCAGAUUGAAAUAUGGGAAAACACAAUUCUUGCUAAUGUUCACACCCUCAAGAACUUGAGUAAAACUGAUAGUAAACUCCCCAAAACUUUGGAAAUCAAGGUCCAUGUCACCAGCCGGGUAUGCCAGAAGGGGUUCAAGCCCCAGGAGGUUGACCCUUCUGAAAUGGAAUUCAAACAAGGUGAUUUCAUUCAUGGAUACGUGACAAUAGAAAACCACUCGGAAGAACCGUUGGGAUUUGAUAUGGUGUAUGUGGUUUUCGAAGGAGUGGUCAUGGUGUUGGAGAACGAAGGCGGGCUUAUAGAUACACAGAAACCCAAGGUUGUCCAUAAGUUUUUGAAUAUGACCGAUCUCUUUGCAUCCUGGUCGUUUGCCAAUAUUGACAGAUUGACCACCGAUAAUGGGGAUCCUCAUGACUGGUGUGAAGGGGAAACCGAUCCUUAUGAUAACACGAUUCUCUCUCUUGGGCUCAAGAAGAAUUUUCUACCCCACGUGAAGUAUAAACGGUUCUUUUCGUUCAAAGUUCCAGAGAGGCUUUUGGAAGAUAUAUGCGAGAUCCACAACUUGAAUAGUCAUACCUUACUCCCAUCGAGUCUCGGGUUCCCCAAGUACUCCAUGAGGCCGUCUUCCUUGUUGUCCAUGAAGUCAGAUGCGGUCAACGAUUUGUGCUUCCUAGACACUUCCAUAAGUUACAGUGUUGAGUGCAGAAUCAUUGGGAAGGCCCAUGAUUAUGGUCUUGCUUUACCCAAAGACCAGUAUGUGAUAGCCAGUGAGUCGAUCCAGCCUAUACGAGUAGUGCCAUUGGAAACACCAUUGUAUGCUCAGGAUACAGAGGAAAUUUGUCGGUACUACACCGCUUUUAUUAAGUCUGUAACCGAUGUGAUCGACUUAGGAAAGGGACUUUUCAACUCAAGGGAGGCGUUUUCAGGAAUGGCUCUUUCGCCUGUGUCAUCUACAGACUCCAAAAUCCGCCAGCUUUACAAGGUUGGAAGGGAUGAUAAUAAGAAAGCGUAUGUUGAUCCAAACUCGUGCCAGUUUUUUGACAAUGUCUACCAGAACAUCAUUUCCUACAAAAAAAAGACGUUGCUUUCACUGAGGGAUUCUAGUAUAAUCUCACUACUGAGUCCCAAAACCGUCUAUUCAAUCGCAUAUGUGUCACCAACAAAGUUUCGGAAGAAAGAAGUUGACGAUAAAGACGUCAGUCUCACUGUCCCAUUGAAACUCAAACUCCACCAGGCUUCUCCCAAAUCAAAACCAAUUGUCAAACUGAUAACAGUUGAGCUUAUUGUUGGAACGCUACGAUCAUCCAAGGAACAUAUUCCUGUAGAGUUCACUCACGACAUUUUUAUAAGGAAAGAUGAACUCAGAAUGUUGGGUGCAAAAACUGAAAAUGAGUGUUUUGUGGAAGAAGUCACUAAACCUUGUCACAAAUAUACCAAACAAAUUGCUGACUUGAUAGAGAAAGUUGGAGCUUCAACGAUGCAAGUUGACAGACAACUCUUCCAUGAUGUCAAGUGCUUGGGUCUGUUGUCGUCCAAGUUCAGCUCGUUUGUGUUCCGUGAACAUUCGUUGACUUAUGAGGAUGGCACUGGCAAAGGAAGCACAAGCGAUUUAAACAAAAUUCCCUGGACGUCAGAAGAUGAUUCUGUUUCCAAGACGUUCAACUUACAUUUGAACUUGCAGAACUGCAACAGCAAAGUUCGAGGACCCAAGGGAUCCAAGUUUUUCGAUCAAGUGACAUUGGUGCCUGACUCUCAAACAUGUUUUUCGGUCAGAUUGCACUACAUCAAGGUUUCAAUAAAGCUAACGUAUGGAGAUUCACUUGUAGUGAAGCUUCCCUUAAAAGUCAUGAAAUAG